AUGCGUAACCCAAAGGAUUCAAUGACGUCCACCUGGCGUUUGUGGGAUCGUUCGCAGUGGAAUGCUGGCCACUGGCUUCUCGAGGUCCUGAACGUGCAUCACCUUGAUCUUGAUCAAGAAAUCCCGGUUCAUCAGAAGACAGAAAAGGUCCCUUAUGCACCAGAGCUGCAGUUUCAUCGUUGGGUCCUUAUCCACGCUAGUCUCCCACUCGUCCUGCACCAACUCUAUAUCAGAUACUUCGGCCACCCUUCAGCGUUGCUGGCGUUUGUUUUCUACAGCCUGGCCCUGGAAUUCAUUGCCGUGCACGAAACACAUGUCCUCCGCCGCGUCGGCCACAAUAUCGGAUUCUUCGACGGGGACAAGCAUGCUCGCGAUGGUGUACCUGACGUGGGUGUCGGGAAGACCGUGCAGAGUCUCCUAUCCGUUAUCGCGUUCCGUCCGAUGUUGGCCGUCUUCCUCGCCUAUCGCGCCGAUGAAGGCCCAUCAUCGAUCCGAUGGGGAUGGCUCAUCUUCGAGACCGGCAUGUAUGCUCUCGUGCUCGACUUCUGGUAUUAUAUCUUUCACCGCUCCGCACACGAGACUGAACACCUCUGGAAAUUCCACCGCACACACCACCUGACCAAACACCCCAAUCCUCUCUUAACUGCGUAUGCGGACACGGUGCAAGAGUUCAUUGACAUUGUCGGCACGCCUCUCAUCACGUACGGCACAAUGAAGCUCAUGGGAUUCCCCAUGGGCUUCUACGAGUUGUGGAUAUGCCAGCAAUACGUGGUGUUCACGGAGGUUUUGGGUCACAGCGGCUUGCGCAUGCUCGCCACGGGGGUGAAUCCCUGGACGUGGCUGCUAAGGUUGUGCGACAUGGAGCUCGUUAUUGAGGACCAUGAUCUUCAUCAUCGCAAGGGUUGGAGGAACAGCCAUAAUUACGGCAAACAAACCCGGGUGUGGGAUCAGCUGUUCAACACGUCUAUCCCUCGUGUGGAGGGGCACCGGGACAAUAUUGACUAUGUCAACACGGCGAAAAUUCCCUUGUUGUAA